CCAGAUACAACUGUAAACAACUGCCAAAUCUUUUUACGGAAUUUGCUGUCUCUGCAAAAAUGUGCCGCAUAGUAGCACAGUUGGAAGUUUAAUUGAAAUUGAAUAUUCUGCCAGUUAUGGACAAUUUUACGACAGACGCAACUGAAAAAACGCAGGCGCCGCGCAAGAGACUUGGACGUCCGCCCAAAAUCAGCACGCAGCCAACUGAGCUAAUUGAGGAUUUGGAUGCGGGCGCCGGGGAAAGUUCCGGCUCCACAUCGCCCACAUUGUGCCGACGCAGCACACGCAAGAAAAUUGUCAAAUUUGAUGUGCUGGAUUUGUUGAACAAAAGCCGCAAGACGCAUAAAAUACAAAUCGAGGCACGCAUUGAUUCCAACACUCCGACGCAGUCAGAUAAUGUGGCAUCCACAUCGUCGCAGGCGGCAACCGCUUCCGUCAAUCGUUUCCUUGGAAAUCGUGCGCCGCUUUCCUCAGUGCCGGCAUUGCCCGCGCUGGAGAUAUUCGCAAAGCCAAAGCCGACGCCGAGCUUAAUUGUUGCUCAGGUGAGCAGUGAUAAGACAAUCUCUGGCCAACAGCAGCCGCAGUUGCCGAUACGUAAACGUGGACGUCCUCGCAAAAAGCAGCCCGAUGAUACCGUUGACUUGGAUACCAGCUCAUCUAAUUCAAGCACAAGCUUCCCAGUGGAAAGUAAAGUAGAAAUUGAAUCCAAUCUGAGCGAGGAGUCAUCAAACUCUGAUCAAUCACUAAAAGGCUUUUCAAUUAGCGUAGAAGACGCAUCUAAAUCCGACUUGGAAACGCUGGAUGAAAAUGCACUGGAAACAAAUCAAGAGGAGUCUCUGUCCGACGAUGUGGAGACUGAGAUCAUAACUGUGCUGCAAUCCGACGAGGAGGACUCGGAUUCGCAGAUCAUAUUUGUUGAGAUUGAAACAGAAACUUUGGCGUCGGCAGAGGAAAAUGGAAUCCCAUCUGAGCAGCGUAAUUUUAAAUUGAUAUUCCCCAAGGAAAAGGAAAAGCUAGAGAUCGAGGCAGAGGAAGAGCAAGACACUGAAUCGAAUCCUUUAGCUGAGCAGCUGAUUGUGGAGGAUAUCUGUGAGCUGUUAGCCGAAGGUAAAAUGGAAAAUGCAGAGCAGCAGCAACUGGAUGCAGAAGUUGAGGAAUCGAUUACUGAAGUAGACAGCGAGAAGCCAAGUGUAUCUUUAAAUGAAGAUGAAGGACAACAGGAAGAACAGCAGCUGGAGACAGUAAAUGACACUAGCGAGGAGGCUGCAGAUGAGCUACAGGAGAUGCAGACUCAGAGCAGUGACAUGGAGCAAGCAGCUGCAGAGGAAGAGCUGCUUAUAUUGACUGAAACCACCAAAGAAAUCUUAGAACAACUUAAGCAAGAUAACAAAACUGAUAUUGUUGAUGAAGUUAUGGAAGACACUUCAGAAAUAGAGCCGGAAGCCGUCGCUGUAGAAUUGAAAACGAUUCAGGCAAUUCAAAAGGAGAAACCCUUGGAGAAUAAGCAAACAAAAAAUGAACUGACAGAGUACGAAAUCAAAAUGCAAGAGCCAAAAUUAGAAGAAUCUGACGUGAUUCCAACUAAACAGGUGAAGGAGGAAACUCCUAUAGCCUUCCCAGCUAAACCUGUAAUGAAGGAAUCUCCUAAGGCCCCUCCUGCUAAUCAGAUGAUGAAGGAAACUGUUGUAGCUGCUCCAGCCAAACCGGUGAAGGAAGAAACAUCUGCAGCCUCUCCAAUUAUACAGAUGAAGGAUAAAACUCCAGUAGCUGCCCCAACUAAACCUGUGAAGGAGGAAACUAUUAUAAGCACUCCAGCUAAAACUGUGAAGAAGGAAACUAUUCCAGUUACUCCAGUUAAACAGGUGAAGGAGGAAUCUCCUGUAGCCGAACCUGCUGCAGCAAAACCUUCAACCCUUCCCUUAUCUGUAGAACCGGCAGCAGCUUCAACUGAGCCAACUGAAAUCCCUUCAGCUGAAGCGCAACUGUCCACAAGCAAAGCAGAUUCUAUGGAAUCUCGUCCAACUGAGAAGAAGAAAACAAAUGGUAGUCCGGCUCCUGCUCCCGCUCCCGCUCCCAGUCCAAAGAGAGAAAAGGCCUCCACAUCUUCAUCAGUUGCAACCAACGUUCCAAUCGUUGAGUGCGAUGCCUUGUUCAAGGUUCUGGAUGAGGCCAACGCACAGAUGCGUCACGAGGAGAAGACCAAAAAGAAAUUGAAGCAGUCGACAAAGAAACAGAAGCUGGAGACUUCCAGACAGAGCUCGCCGACGCCUCCAACACGCUCCAAAAAAUCGCAGGGCAAGAAGGGUGCACGUCGCAAUACCAUAAGCGAGGAUCACCAGGAGAAGGAAACAUUGCCAUUGACCAAUAAGCGUCGUAACUCUCUACAUCCUUUUAAAGCAUCCCCGAGUCCAGAACGUCGUCCAGAGGUGGAUUCCAAACCAAGCAACAGCAGCAAGAAGACAAAGGAAAAGAAAACAUCACGCAAAGGAGGAGCAGCCAAGGAUUCAAUGGAGUCAAAUGGAAAAUUCGGUGAGCUGCCAAGUCGCAGCAUUGGCACGCCCACAUCUGAAGUGGACGCACCCAAUCCCCUCCUGGACAUUGCCAAGUUUAUAGAGGAUGGCGUCAAAUUGCUCGAGCGCGACUACAAGGUGGACGACGAGCAGGAUGAGCAGCAGGAGGAUGAGUUUUCCAGUCGUGUGGCCAAUCUGGAAACUCCAGCAACCACUCCAUCUCCAUCCCCCACUGUCAGCAGCGAGGAUCUGUCGUCGGGAGUCAGACGCUCCCAUCGCAUUAAGCAGAAGCCGCAGGGCACCAAGUCGAGUGUGGGACGAGGAAGCAGCUCCCACACGCCAUCUAUUAGCAUGGAGCAACAGCUAUCGGAGCUGGCGCACAUUGAAGCCAUCAAUGAGCAGUUCCUGCGUCAGGAAGGACUCCAGACAUUCCAAACACUGCGUGACAACUAUUAUCGUUGUGCUCGGCAGGUGAGCAAGGAGAAUGCGGAGAUGCAAUGCGAUUGCUUUGUCACCGGAGACGAGGAGGGAUUGGGACAGCUGCGAUGUGGCGAUGGUUGCAUCAAUCGCAUGCUAAUGAUCGAAUGUGGACCGCUCUGCACCAACGGGGAUCGCUGCACGAACAAACGAUUCCAGCAGCAUCAGGGCUGGCCCUGUCGCGUCUUUCGCACCGAGAAGAAGGGAUGCGGCAUCACGGCCGAGCUACAGAUACCGCCCGGCGAGUUCAUCAUGGAGUAUGUGGGCGAGGUGAUCGACAGCGAGGAGUUUGAGCGUCGCCAGCAUUUGUAUUCCGAGGAUCGCAAUCGUCACUAUUAUUUCAUGGCACUCCGUGGCGAGGCGAUCAUCGAUGCCACCUCCAAGGGCAACAUCUCACGUUACAUCAAUCACAGCUGUGAUCCCAAUGCGGAGACUCAGAAGUGGACAGUGAACGGGGAACUGCGCAUUGGUUUCUUCAGCGUGAAGAGCAUUCUGCCUGGCGAGGAGAUCACCUUUGAUUAUCAAUAUCAACGCUAUGGACGCGAUGCCCAACGUUGUUACUGCGAGUCCACCAAUUGUCGUGGUUGGAUUGGCAACGAGCCGGAGUCGGAUGAGGGAGAACAGCUCGACACGGAAAGCGACAGUGAGCCGGAAUCCUUGAACGAGGAACCGCGCUUGGAGCAGGGACAAAAGAUCAAGACACCCAAGGGCACCAAGUCAAAGGCACAAUUGAAGCUGCCUGCUGCGCGCAGAAAGCGUAAGGAGCAACCCAAGGCCAAGGAUCGGGAGUACAAGGCCGGACGUUGGCUGCGGCCUUCGGGUGGCGCCAGCGGAGAGAAGUCUCCAUCUGGCAAGCACGAUCACAUCGAGGAUCCGGAUGUGCUGGAGCAGCUAACGCUACUCAGUGGCAGUGGACUGAAGAAUCAGUUGGAUACGCUGCGUUUCUCGCGUUGCAUGGUGCGUGCCAAGCUGCUGCAGACUCGCCUCCAAUUGCUGGGCGUGCUCACCCGCGGCGAGUUACCCUGUCGCCGCCUCUUCCUGGACUAUCAUGGUCUGCGUCUACUACACGCCUGGAUCAGCGAGAGCGGUAGCGAUGAUCAACUGCGUCUGGCGCUGCUCGAUGCUCUCGAAUCGCUGCCCAUUCCCAACAAGACAAUGCUGAACGACAGUCGCGUCUACCAGAGCGUAGAGCUAUGGAGCAAUCCCGCUCCAGAUGUGGAAUUGGAUGCAGUGCAUCAGCGCAUUUUGGCGCUGCUGCAGAAGUGGAAUGGAUUGCCCGAAAUCUUUCGCAUACCCAAACGAGAACGCAUCGAACAGAUGAAGGAGCACGAACGGGAGGCAGAUCGCCAGCAACAGCAACAUGCUGCACCCACAGCUCUGGAGGACAGUAACAGCGCCUCCUCCCUGCUGAACACUGAUCGCUAUCGUCAGGAUCGCUUCAGACGGGACACCAGCAGUCGCUACGAGAAGUCAAAGCCGCCUUCUCGGAUGAGUGGCAACAAUACCAUCUGCACCAUCACCACAAUGCCCCACUCGGAGGGGGCAAGUGGCAGCAAGUCCGAGAGUCGCAGACGUUCCGACUUUGAUCCCCGUCGCACUAUAACCAAGGAGAUGCGACGUUCGCUAUUCGAGAGAAAGGUGGCUCAGGAUGAGGCGGAGAAGCGUGUGGGCAGCGAGGAUUGGCGUGAGCACGAGGCGCGCUGUGAAUACUUUGGCCUCGAUCUGAACACAGAUCGCAAGCUCCUGCCCUUUUAUCAGAAUGUGGAGACCAACGAGUGGUUCAAUAGCGAUGAUAUGCCAGUGCCAACUCCACCGCGUUGUGGCGACAACAAUGAGCCUCCCUCGCCAGAGUAUCCCGAUGAUGUGGAGUAUAAGCUGCCGCCUCAUGUGGAACCAUUGCCACCAUCCUGGCACUGGACAACAGACGCCGAAGGGGACAUUUAUUAUUUCAAUUUAAUCGAUCGUAUCCCGCAAUGGCAUCCACCGACGGCCGAGCAGCGUCUCCAGAAGCUGGUGUACGAUGAGCCUGAGCCGGAAGUGAAGGCGGAUGAGCCUACGGAUGAACUGGUCAGCAUUGAUAUUGACUGUAGCAGCAAUCUCAGUGCCAAAUCCAUGCAGCAGUACAUCGAGGCGAAGAUUCGCGAACGCAGGGAAUUGCGACGUCAUCGUCUCGUUUCGGUUCGUGUCAUAAGUCCAAGACGCGAGGAGGAUCGUGUCUACAACCAACAGGAGUCUCGCAAAUACAAGGAGAACAAGGAGAAGAUACGACGUCGCAAAGAGAUCUAUCGACGCACUCGCAACGAUUCAAAUAAUCCAGAACCAUUGGAUGAUCUACCCCAAGAUGCGUUGCCCAUUCAAAGAUAUCUCUAUUCCUCCGACGACGAGACCACCGAUUGCGAUGCCAAUUUGUCAUUAGCUGAUAUCGACGUUAAAAAGGAGCCCGGUCGUUCAUCCGAAACGGAGACACUGCAGGGCGCCAAGCGCAAGUUGCCCCCAUUGGAGGGACAGAAGAAGCAUCGCAGUGAACGCGACAAGAAGCGCAAAACCGCCUCAACUGCCCGCGAGGCGAGUGACAAGUUCAACUUUGAGAUAAGUGGACAUGUGGCCGAGCUGUUGCGUCCUUACCGCCAAGAUAACUGCCAGCUGGGCCGCAUUACAAGCGACGAGGAUUACAAGUUCUUGAUUAAGCGGUUGAGCCAACAUAUUACGUCCAAGGAGAAACGCUAUUGCGACAAUACUGGCAAUCCUUUGGCCUGCACUGAGUCGGUUAAAUACAAAUCCCACGACUUCAUCAAGCAAUAUAUGCGCGAGAAAGGACCUAUCUAUAAAAGACCAAUUGAUAAAACUGACUAAUUAUUAUUUUCAAGCUUCCAACUAAUUAAGUUUCCUCAAUGCGAUAUUCUAAUAAUGAAUAUAGUUCUUUUGUUAACAGACAA